GGCCGCUCCUCCUCUUCCUCCUGGGCGCCCAAAAUGCCCCGCUACGAACUGGCGUUGAUCCUGAAAGCCAUGCAAAGGCCGGAGACAGCUGCAACACUAAAACGCACAGUGGAAGCUUUGAUGGAAAGGGGAGCAGUGGUGAGGAAUUUGGAGAACCUGGGAGAAAGAGCCCUGCCAUAUCGAAUCUCAACACAUAGCCAACAUCACACCAGAGGAGGGUAUUUUUUGGUAGAUUUUGAAUCUCCGGCAACAGUUAUUUCAUCUGUGAAGGACCAUUUAGGACGUGAUAUUGAUGUAAUAAGGUCUACUGUUUUAAAGCAGCAUGUGACAAAACCAGAAGAAUGUAUGGGCAUCAUUGAAGAAAAUAUUGCCGAUAAACUAAUUUUGAAAAAGAAGAAUAAAUAGCAGAAAACUAUACAGACAUUGUAACCAUUAAUUUGAUUCUAGUCAUAAGAAUCUAGUUUGUGCAAAAUUACCUUUUUGCUAUUUCCAUCAAUAUUUUAUUUGAAUUUUGAAAAUCUGCAUGUGUCUCCCCAUCUACUCAAUGUUACAUUCAUUUUCGAAGUUUAUUCUUUCCGCACAAUUGAACAAAUUGAGACUUACUUCCAAGUUAACGUGCAGGACUGAUCAGAAUCUUUAAAACUUUGUACACUUAACACAAAUGUACUCUCUGGUAUAUCUACUGUAUAAUUGUAUUUGAAAUAAAAAUUUAUUUGAAAUGAAUGUAUUAAAAUUAUAAAAUGAACACAA